GACGCGCGUGGCGGCGGACGUGAAGCUGAACCUCCUGCUGAAACCGUCGGUUUUCACGGUUCCUUGUCGCGAUGGACAACACGACGGAAGGCACGUGGGACAGUUUACCUGUGAAGCUCCACGAGGACGUCCUGCUGACGCUCUCCGAGCUGCGGUUCAGCCACAUGACGCCCGUUCAGUCCGCGUGCAUCCCGCUCUUCAUCGGCAACAAGGACGUGGCUGCUGAAGCGGUGACGGGCAGCGGGAAAACGCUGGCGUUUGUGAUCCCGAUCAUCGAGCUGCUCCUGAAGCGAGAGGAGAAACUGAAGAAGAUGCAGGUGGGCGCCCUGAUCAUCACCCCCACCAGAGAACUGGCCCUGCAGAUCAGCGAGGUCAUGCAGCACUUCCUCAACAAGUUCCCGCAGUUCACGCAGAUCCUGCUGAUCGGCGGCAGCAACCCCAUCGAGGACGUGGAGAAGCUGAAGGAUCGAGGGGCCAACAUCGUGGUCGCCACGCCCGGCCGCCUGGAGGACAUGUUCCGGAGGAAGGAGGACGGCCUGGACCUGGCCGCCGCGGUGCGCAGUCUGGACGUGCUGGUGCUGGACGAGGCCGACCGGCUGCUGGACAUGGGCUUCGAGGCCAGCCUGAACUCCAUCCUCAGCUACCUUCCCAAGCAGCGGCGCACCGGCUUGUUUUCCGCCACUCAGACCCAGGAGCUGGAGAAACUGGUCCGAGCCGGACUGAGGAACCCGGUCCGGAUCACCGUCAAGGAGAAAGGCCUCGCCGCCGCCGCCGCCGCCCAGAAGACCCCCUCCAGGCUCUCCAACUGCUACAUGGUGUGCCGGUCGGAGGACAAGUUCAACAAUCUGGUGGCGUUUCUGAGGCAGCACAAACACCAGAAGCUGCUGGUCUUCUUCAGCACCUGUGCGUGUGUGGAGUACUACGGCCGGGCGCUGGAGGUGCUGGUGAAGAAAACCAGCGUCCGCUGCAUCCACGGCAAGAUGAAGCACAAGCGGAACAGCAUCUUCGCAGACUUCCGGGGCCUGACCAGUGGGAUCCUGGUGUGUACCGACGUCAUGGCCCGAGGCAUCGACAUCCCCGACGUCCACUGGGUGCUGCAGUACGACCCGCCCAGCAGCGCCAGCGCCUUCGUCCAUCGAUGUGGCCGGACGGCGCGGAUCGGUAACCACGGCAACGCGCUGGUCUUCCUGCUGCCGAUGGAGGAAUCCUACGUCAACUUCCUGUCCAUCAACCAGAAGUGUCCGCUGCAGAAGAUGGCGCCGGUGAGCGACGUGGUGGACGUGCUGCCCAAAGUCAAGGCCUUGUCUCUGGCCGACCGCGCCGUGUUCGAGAGAGGCAUGCGGGCCUUCGUCUCGUACGUCCAGGCCUACGCCAAGCACGAGUGCAGCCUCAUCUUCAGGGUCAAAGACCUGGACUUCGCCUCGCUCGCCCGCGGCUUCGCCCUCCUCCGCCUGCCGAAGAUGCCGGAGCUGCGGGGGAAGUCGUUCCCGGACUUCGUGCAGACGGACGUGGACACGGACACGAUCCGCUACAAGGACAAGAACCGCGAGAAGCAGCGGCAGAAGGCGCUGCGGGAGCGCGAGCAGGCUCCGCCCCCCAGGAAGGCACCGGUCAAGAACACGUCUUGGUCCAAACAGAAGAGCAGGAAGGAGCGGCGGAGGAAGGCGGAGGCCAAGAGGAAACACCACGAGGGCUCCGACCUGGACGAGGACGACCUGACGGAGCUGCUGGAGGACACGCGUCUCCUGAAGAAGCUGAAGAAAGGCCGGAUCAGCGAGGACGACUUCGAGAAAGGAGUGGGCGCCACACCGCAGGACAGUUAGCCGCUUUUAUUGUCGGGGUCAUAGGUACAG